UCAAGCUCUUUCUGCGAUGGCCCCGGCAAUGGGACAAUCACUCCUUUGUGGAGCAUGGGUUCUCUUUGCUCUAUUGAGCUUCGUGGAUGCGACGGUGCUCUUCUCUACACUGCCGAGGACUCUCGCGGUGGAAGACGAGAUUCAAGAUCAGGUGCCCGCGAUGGGACUGGCAAAAGCAGGCGACGACCACCUGGUGAUCAGAUGGGUUCUGAACGCUACUGCCCAGGAAGCAGCAGCUCCUGGCCUCGAUGCAUCGUACGAGAAGGUGAGCUUGAAGCUGUGCUACGCACCUGUGAGCCAAGUGGAACGAGGCUGGAGAAAGAAGAAUGAUGACCUUCACAAGGACAAGACCUGCUCCAAGGCCAUCGCCACACAGAAGUAUACAUCCUUGGGAAACAGCACCGUAUGGAGAAUCACCAAGGACGUUCCCGGAGCUGUGUACUUCGUUCGUGCAUACGUGUUGAAUUCGAACGGGACCCAAGUGGCUUAUGGCCAGACCAGGAACUUGAUCACAAUCGAGCCCAUCUCCGGGAGACAUGCAUCGAUCGACGUGGCUGCUGCCAUCUUCUCUGCAUUCUCUGUGGGGUCUUUGAUCUUUUUCCUCGCUCUCGAAAACAUGAGAGGCAAGCGCUCGAGCGGUAAUAAGUAG